GUCCGAACCGAGCAUCGGAGUCAAUUUUUCUUCCUAUACUUAAAAAGCCCGAUUAAUUGAUUGUGUGUCCACGAAGACACUUCCAUACCACCCAGAAUGGACUCAAUGUUCCACAAAUUUGAAUCUGUGCUUGGAGGCUCUCACAAGUCGGUUCUCCUGCUUGGUGCAGGCUUCGUGACCCGACCAACGGCAGAGAUUCUUGGAAACUCGGGUAUCAAAGUCACUGUUGCUUGCAGGACUUUGGAAAGGGCCAAGAACCUGGCAAAGGGCAUCAAGAAUGCUCAUCCGAUCAGUCUCGAUGUGAAUGACGAGAAAGCUCUCGACGCUGAGGUUGAGAAGGUCAACCUUGUCAUCAGCUUAAUCCCCUAUACUCACCACGCCACCGUCAUCAAAUCCGCCAUUCGCAAGAAGAGGGAUGUCGUCACAACCUCCUACGUCUCCCCGGCAAUGAUGGAGCUCGACGCCGCCGCGAAGGAGGCUGGAAUAACUGUGAUGAACGAGAUUGGCCUCGACCCCGGAAUCGACCAUCUUUCUGCUGUCCUCACCAUCGACGAAGUCCACAAGGCCGGUGGUAAAGUCCUGUCCUUUCUGUCAUACUGCGGUGGCCUACCAGCCCCCGAGGAUUCAGACAAUCCCCUCGGGUACAAGUUCUCUUGGAGCUCGCGCGGCGUGUUGUUAGCAUUGGGCAACGCAGCCAAGUUCUAUAAAGAUGGUAAGAUAGUAGAAGUGGCGGGAGACAAGUUGAUGGGAGAGGCCAGACCGUACUUUAUCUACCCGGGCUAUGCUUUCGUCGCAUACCCCAAUCGUGACUCCACACCGUAUAAGGAGCGUUACAGCAUUCCAGAAGCUCAAACCAUCAUCCGCGGCACGCUUCGUUACCAGGGUUUCCCGGAGUACAUUAAGUGCUUUGUCGACAUCGGAUUCCUGUCAGAGGAGCCCAAGGACUUCCUCAAGGAGGGCACACAGCGUACCUGGAGGGAUGCUACUGCAAAGAUUGUGGGUGCGACCAGCGACAAAGAGGAGGAUAUCAUCUGGGCUAUUAGCUCGAGGACUAGCUUCAAGGAUACGGACGAGAAGAAUCGCAUCAUGGACGGCCUUCGUUGGGUCGGCCUCUUUUCCAACCAGGAGAUCAUAGCUCGCGACAAUCCCCUUGACACGCUCUGUGCAACACUAGAGCAGAAGAUGCAGUAUGAGGAGGGUGAACGCGAUUUCGUGAUGUUGCAGCAUAAGUUCGAGAUUGAGAAUAAGGAUGGCAGCAAGGAGACUCGCACGUCAACUCUUGCCGAGUAUGGUGAUCCAAAGGGAUACUCGGCUAUGGCGAAGUUGGUGGGUGUGCCCUGUGCGGUUGCGGUGCUGCAGGUGCUUGAUGGAACAAUUAAGGAAAAGGGCAUCCUAGCACCCAUGACACCAGAGAUCUGUAAGCCGCUGAUGACAACGCUGUCGGAGAAGUAUGGCAUUCAAUUCAAGGAGAAGACUAUCUCAUAAGAUGUAUGUGUUUCUCCAGGCUUGGGGGUUUGCACAGGAAACAGAAUGUUCUGGCCACAAAAUUCGGCCCUAGGGGUUAGACAAAACCUUCACAAUGGUACUUAUUUGCAGUGGCGGAGUGACGAGUCGUGCGGUGGUAGACGUG